AUUUUGGAAAAGUGUUGACCGUGGUAUAUAUUUAUGAUAAUACACAAUAAUGACGUUACGUGAUAUUCCACGACUACGCUCUCAAUGAUUGAAGUCAGCAGAAGGUGAGGGGAGCACUCGAGUACCUCACGACUACAAAAGACAAUUUGGUGACAUUUUUAUCGAAGCCAACAGAGCACGCAAGGCCGAGCAAACCUCUCCAGAAGGAAGCAAGCAAGCAUGGCCACCUAUAGAUUCGGGAGUAGUGUCGGUCCGUCUGGAGUAAACUCUGAAAAUCAACAGCAAGGCUGGAAUGAAGAGACCGGCUCUUGUGAAGACGCUGAUGACGCCAGUGACCCCAACAGGAUUGUGCAGUGCCCAUAUGACAAAAACCAUCAGAUCAGAGCUUCUCGUUUCCCUUUUCAUGUUCUCAAGUGCAGGAAGAACCACCCCAAACUGGUCGGUGAACUGAAGACCUGCCCCUUCAAUGCCAGGCACUUGAUUCCCAAGCAUGAGUUGUCUCAUCACAUCGCAAACUGUGAAGACAAGAGGACACUAAAUGCUGAAGAUGGAAAUGUAGAGCUGCUGGAGAAGUUUCAGGUGCCUGUUAACACCUGGACAAACCCUUCCCCUAAUGAGGACUGGGAAACAGAGACUGAUGAUAAUGCUGCUAAGUUUGUCUGGGGCAAAUCCAACAAUCAGCUUGCCCAAAACAAGCCAGAGCCAUCUACCACCAUCAGUUUAUCCAAUGGACUUCGGGCACCACGGACUCUUCCAUGGAAACUCUGAUGUCACCUUUGGAUGGACUUCACUGGCUAAUAUUACUUUGAGGCCUGUGUGAUUUCUAGCCCAACUUGUUUAAAGUCUGCUUAUAUUUUAAAGCUUUUCAUUUUAAAGUGUUGUGAAGUUUCCCUUUUUCCUAUUUUCUACAAGUUAAUAUGGUGUCUAUAACCAGCUAUGGUCCAUGUGUAGAGACGCUCCUUAUUAAACCAAAGAAUAGUGUCAUAUUUCAAAGGAGAAGUCAUCAGUGCCAUUCUUUCUGGACUGUUUGCUUUAAACUUUCUUUGCAUUUUGUGGAAGUGGUAACCCUUAAUCUUGACUUGUAUGAUUCAUUAAAGAUUUCUUUAAAUGCAAA